AUACUAUCACUUAAAAUAUUAAAAGGUCGUAAAAUUUGUUGAUAACUUUUAAAAAUUAAUUGAUUGAACCAUUUAUUUAAUAUCUUUAGUCAUUGAUUUGCUUUUAUUAAAAUCUACUAUUAUAUUAUUAAAAUGUCUUUUAAAUAUGUAAAAAAGACCACAGGUCUUACUCGUUUAAAUGUAGCCAAAAAUCCGCAAUAUACACUUAAUGUAUUAUAUGGAAAAAUUCUGCGAACAAUUCAAAAAAUGCCAGAAAAUGCAUCAUAUAGAAAGUAUACCGAAAAAAUUGUAUCUGAUCGAGCUAAAAUUGUUAAAGAAAGUGAUACUGUAGAAGAUAUCGAAAAAAAGAUUAAUUGUGGUCAAGCUGAAGAGUUAAUUAUUCAAGCAGAAAAUGAAUUGAUAUUAUCAAGGAAAAUGUUAGCAUUCAAACCAUGGGAUCCUAUCAUUGCAAAACCUAAUGCAGAUCAAUGGGUGUGGCCACCAGCAGGAAAAUAAUUUUAUAUAGUGAAAAAAUUCAUUAGUAUUUUGUUGUUUCAUUAAAUUACAACUGUAUUAUAAAAAAUAAUCUUGUAAAUUCAAUAAAACCAUUUUCAUAAAUUUAA